CGCAAUCGCUCUGCUAGUAGCAAAAAAAGGGAGGAGGAAUAUUAACUGAGAGCAGAGGCUGGCAAAUUAGAGAUUUAAUAUCCUGCUUGAUGUUUGCAUCUUAAGAAUCUUCUUGCUCCCUCAUUUUGGGAAGGAAACCUUCAGCUGCCCCUCUGCCAGGUUGGAUGCUGAGCCCUGGCACAUAGCUCUGCUGCUGCCAGCUCCUGAACUGUCUCCCUCAGCUUGGAAGCGUGGAAGGGAAACAUUCCCAAACUCCUUGCUGGCUGGGCUCUUCAAGCAAGGAGCUGCCUGAUUUCCUCUGCAGUUUCUGAGAUGGCGGGAAACGUGUCUUCAUCAUUUCAUUGACUGGUUUAUGAUGGGGGCUUAGCUCCCCCAGGACUCCAGAGAUGAGGAAAUUGGCUCUAGCAUUGCUCCUUCUGCACCUACCUUCUGCCUGCCUUCAGACUAAAGCUUUUGUGGACACUGUCAGCUGCACCGAGGGCUUGAACUGCCAGCUCCUGGAAGAGGAUGUGCUGUGUAUACCUGGGGAGACAGUACCAGAUCCAGAAUUUGGUCCUGUCUUGGUGCUGACUGAGAUGACAAUGAGAAACAAACUUCGAUGCCAGGAGCACCAAGACUGUAUCCCUUGUGUGCAGGUGAUGCUACGCCUUGGCCUGCUGGAGUCACCAGUACUGGUUGCAAAACAAGAUGCAGGAGCUACCAACGCCAGCAUGCAGCUGAAGAGACACCAUGGAAAAAAUGACGAAAUCCUGCGAACACACAUAUUACUUUCAGCCCAAACAUACCCUUCCUCCCACUGUGUUGCAGUGGAGGUCUGGAUUCCCCAUGGUCAACCUGACUGGCACAAUAGCACCCUGGGUUUCCUCCACUUUGACUGCUUUCCGGUUUCCAUCAGUGGGGAGCUGUAUGUCACAGCUUUCACUAGACCGUCUUACCUGUCCUCUCAUGUGUUGCAGCUCACACACUAUGGGCCAGACUGCACCUGGCAUGAAGCUAAAGAUGCCAUUCGCCUCUGCAAAGUGCCCAGGCUGGAGAUCUCUGUGGGAAAAGAGGAGGCUGUGCUGCAUGUGUGGGACAUCCCUGAAGGGCAGCCCUUCUGCCUCUGGCUGUAUCUGAAUCAAGCAAGCGGAUUUAAAGAAUUGGGCGAAAGCACUACUAAGUUACUGACUGCACCUGAAAAUGUGAGCUUGCCUAUCUCAAAGGUGUUUCCCUGUCUGUGCUUGCAGGUUUGGCCUAAAGUUGAAGACCAAGAUGACAUACCCCGAACCUACCUCUGCCCCUUUGCAAACAACACUGAAGCUUUGUCCAGGGCCUGGGCAGAGAGCCACCUCGACCUGAAAGCCCUCAGUGGGGUACUGAGUUGUUCUUUCUCGUCUCCGUGUGACCUCCCAGGAGAGUUAGUUCCAUGCUGGAGAGGAGAAGAGCUAGCCUGCCAUCCCCUGCACCCCCAGCUGCGCAUGGACCUCAUUCUACAUGAGCUACAGGAGUUCCCAGGACUGAGCCCCCAUCCCAACCUUUGUGUGCAGGUAAUUAGCAAUGGAAGCACCUACCUCCAGAGCUGUCUGCAGGAAGAUAUCAAAGGAAACCACCAUUUGAUGGAGCAACAUUUGUUGUUUUGGACAACUCUGGAUUCCCAAAGGAACUACUCUGUUCAUGUCUUGAAGCAGGGUUCCUGGGUCCCCCUUGCUCAGGCUGUCAGCACAAAAAAUGGGAUUUUGCAGGAAGCCCUACAAAAUGAUGUGCGUUCAGGAGAGUGUAUGCUGGUAUGGCAAGCUGAGGACGAGGAAGCUGGCAUGCUCUGGGCCUGUUCACUGGAGAAGUAUCACCGAUCACAUUGGGUACUGGCCUGGAUGAUCACACUCUUUGGACUGAGCUCUAUCCUGUUUGUAUUGCUGCUCAAAAAGGAAGCACUGAAAGGCUGGCUCAGACUACUGAAAGAAGAUUACAGCUCCAGAGAAGUGCUUCAGGGACGUCACAUUCUCAUUCUGUACUCCUCAGAUCACAAAGCUUUUGAGCGUUUGGUGGGCACCCUGGCAGGAGCCCUGACCCAAUUGCAGCUGUCUGUUUCCUUGGAGUUGUGGAGCCGAGGGGAGCUGGGUUCUCUUGGGCCCAUGCAGUGGCUCCAUGCACAGCGACAUCAGGUGCUGGAAGCAGGGGGCACCAUUCUGUUGCUUUUUUCCCCUGGUGCUGUAGCCGGCUGUGCAGAAUGGUUGGGCUGGAAAAAGACAGACAAACUCCCCCUCAUCAAACCUGACAACACUUUCUUGGCCUCUCUUAACUGUAUCCUGCCAGACUUUCAGGCUGGGAAGUCCAGGGGCAAGUAUAUGGUUGCCUGCUUUGAGGAACUCCUUGCAGUCAAUGAGAUUCCUGGGCUCUUCCAUUCGGUACCUAUCUACCCUCUGCCAUCGCAGCUUCUCAGUUUCCUGUUAGCCCUGGCUGGGCCCGUUAUAACCUAUGAGCAGAGGAGCAGCCUGAGAAGACAUGCAGUGUGGAUCAGCAAGAGCUUGGAGCGUGCAGUGCUGGAGUGUCAGCAAAAUAAGGCAAGCUUCCAGUAUCCACCUCUGCUUCCUGACCACUCUAAGGAUGGACAGAUAAAAGGGAAUGAUGAUCAUCUUUUCAUAGUCUCCUGAGAGAGGAUGAUUCUCAGAAGGAGGUUGUGAUUUUGCUCUGUAGUUUACAGGACCAAGCACAUGGACCUGAAGACUCUGUGCCAGUAUUUUAGACUUGGCAGCUGAGCAAUAGGUGAUGACACCGAAUGGCUGCACAGUGUCGGAGAAGAAUACAUUUUAGCCUGGGGUGCAAGCGAUACCUGCAUGACACCUUUGGAAGGGUUCUGCUUUCUUGCUACUGAAUGGAAACCACCUGGUAUUUAUUAUGUUUAGAGAAAUGGAGAGAUCCAGAUCAAGAACUAUACAUGGGCAGAUGUAGGACCUGUUGCCUUCAUGCCCUGUUUGGCUGCAGUGGGAAAGCAAAUGUUGUCCUGCUGGCUUGAUGCUGCUGGAUGACAGAAAAAUUAAAAGUAUUUAAAGCAGAAGGGACUAUUUAGGGAAACAGUUGUCAAAAAGCACACAGCUUCUCCCUAAUUUAUUAAUACAUGUUGUUGUUGUUGUUAAAUCUUGACCUAGAAGGUGAAUGCCAACAUUUAAGGCAUGGCUUUUACCAGUUGGUUAUCAUAUCAGUGUUACAUGUCUAUUUCGGGCAACCAUGUUUCUCAUUUUUGUGUGUGUAUGUGCAAUUCUUUAACCUGGUGCCCCUUAGAGUGUUUUGCACUGGAUUUUCCAGGAUUCCUGUUUGCCUUGAUGGUUGUGGCUAAUGGGAAAUGCAGUCCAAAUCAUGUGGAAGACAUUGUAUUGCAGAAAGUAUGCCACAGAGGUGUUUUUUUGCUUCAGUGAGCAGACCAUAGACCACAGAUGGACCACCACCCACCCUCUUCUUCUUUCUCUCCUGACAUUUCUGCUCUUUACCUUCUCUGCUGCUGAUAGAGACUGCUAGCAUACUAAACAUAUAAGAUCUCACAAUAUGUGAUAUCACUGUUGAACUGCAGCCCCCCAUGAGCCUUCACAGGUCUCAUUGGUGAUCUCCCAUCCAAGUAGUAACCACAGUUUGCUCUGCUUAGCUUCCAGUUUCAGGUAGGAACUGGUGUCUUUAGGGCAGUGGUUUCCAAAUGACAGGGUGGGACCUUCAGAGAAGCAUGAGAGUUGCUCAGGGGAGGGGUGCGAGACUUGGAGGCCUUGACCCCUCUUUCCCCUCCUCUUCCCAAACCUUUUCUAUGUGUAAAAUUUAGACUUGUGUUGAGUUAAAUAUUAAUUUUACAUAAAUAAAACUGUUCUAAUUGAACGAUGUUAUUUCCUUAUAAAAUGUUAAAAUCUCUCCAGUAGUUACAGUAGAUGUAAAGGCAGUCACAAAGGUAAAAAGUUGGUGAACCACUGCUUUAGGGUAUUUAGACCCUAUUAAAAACCUCAUGAUAGGUUCGCCUGAGGGUCGGCAUAAAUCAGAAAUGACUUGAAGGCACACAACAACAACAAAUGAAGAGUCAUAUGCCCAGGUAAAAACCCUCCUAAGACAUUUUGCUACCAGACUCAAAGGAGAAGAUGGUCCUUUCCACACAAACCCAUUACUACCAUUCCACAUGCAGAAAGUGCAGGGGUGUAACUAUAGAAGUGGUCAGUCAGAGUAUUACCCCGCUCAAAAGGAAAAUUUCCUUUAGUCCUCAUAUUUCUAGCACCGAAGUAACAAAAAACUCCAGUCUAACAUUGAGAAAUGAAGUUUAGGCAUUCAGAGAAAAGGGGCAAGCAAAGUUAUUAAGGGAAUGCGGCACAGGGCAAAAGAAGAGUUCCAAGUGUGACCAAUGUUCAAUAUUUCACUGUCCACAAUGCUAGAAAUUGCUUUAAAUUUUU